AUAAGUGUUUGGGUGCAGAAUCAACUAUUACAUCUGGACUUGUGACAAAAAGGCAACUGCGCCCAGCUGGUGGCGCUCUCUAUCUCUUGUCAAUCGCAAUGCCUCUUUUCUAGUGUUAAAUGUCAGUUGUCAUUUUGCCAUCAUCAAUAGAAUUUUAGCAAAAGCGAGAAAAAAAUUUAGCCAAAGUUCACGAGAGUUUAAAGGACCUUAAAAGUUCGACUGCAAAAUGCCCAAGAUUAAACUCCAAUCUUCAGAUGGGGAGACAUUCGAUGUGGACGUAGAGAUUGCAAAAUGCUCCGUGACUAUUAAGACCAUGUUGGAAGAUCUUGGUAUGGAUGAUGAAGAAGAAGAAGUGGUUCCUCUGCCAAACGUGAACUCGGCCAUUCUACGCAAAGUCCUGCAAUGGGCCACUUUCCACAAGGACGACCCGCCACCGCCAGAAGAUGACGAAAAUAAGGAAAAGCGAACAGACGAUAUCUCGUCAUGGGAUGCGGACUUCUUAAAAGUUGAUCAGGGUACUUUAUUUGAGCUAAUAUUAGCUGCAAACUACUUGGAUAUUAAGGGCUUGCUGGAUGUCACUUGCAAAACAGUGGCCAACAUGAUCAAAGGCAAAGCACCGGAAGAGAUUCGUAAAACGUUCAACAUUAAGAAUGACUUCACUGCCUCCGAAGAGGAUCAAGUGCGCAAAGAGAACGAAUGGUGCGAAGAAAAAUAGACCUACUUGUACUGUCGUGAGUUUCAUCUGAUUCUCUACUAUUUAUAAUUAUUAGGGUGCAAAGAAUUAAUGUAAAUUUCAGCAUUUUAAAAAGUGCAAUGUUUCGCAACUGGAAAGAUUCCUCGAAUCCCUUAAAUGCUAAUUUAUUUACUUGUGUUUCUAAUAAAUUUAACUUACUCAACGGA